AUGGCUCCCGCCAAGCGCAAGCGACCCGAUCAAUCUUUCGACGGCAACCGACCCUCGCCCCACCGACCUGCAGAUACCGCCAUGGGUCAACGCGGUCGAGAUGGCCACGAUGGUGGUGGAAGAGGUGGCCGUGGUGGCGGCAGGAACGGCAGGAGGAACGAUCGUCGCGACUCGACGCAGAACCAGGCUGGACAAGGCGCUCCCUACCACCAUCAUCAACAAUACGCUUCUUCACCGACGACCUCUCGCCACCAGACGCCACGAGCACCAGCCGCCGCCGCCGCCGCCGCCGCCGCCCCGCCUGCUCCUCCUGUGGAACAGCCCCCUCCUGCCGCACCUGCGCCAGCAGCGACUCUCCCGGCACCGAUUUCAUCCAACUACCCCUAUGAGAUUCUCACCGAUGACAAGAUUGCGUCCUGGGACAGCGGUUCGAGGCAAGCUCUCAUCGAACACGGCGUGCAGUCAAGACAGGAUGUCGACAUCACCGAGCUGUCCAGCCUUUUCCAGGAAUUCGUGCAGUCAGUUGCCGAAUACCGCCUCAACCCUACUGAUGCCGGCGCCUGUGUCAAAGAGAUCCUUGGCCCGGAAACGAAGGAGGUUAUUAAAGAUUCUUACUCGUUCGAGCCACACACGCUCUUGCUGGACACGAUAACCAUCAUCAUGGACAACCAACCCGACCUUUGUAUCCCGGAUUUUCGGGACUUCCUCAUUGCGACGGCCAUAUCGCCGACGCUCAUCCGCCAAGUGCUGGAUGCCCCUCUUCUUCAGAAACUCGGCCUUAUCCGGGAGGUUUUUGGCAAGAUGGCCAUUCGUCACUCCACCAACAUGCUUUACCGGCAGGCCAACUACAACCUGCUGAGAGAAGAGUCGGAAGGUUACUCAAAACUGGUGACCGAGCUAUUUUCAUGCGUUGAUGACUACGACACACCCACGACCAGGGAGGCCGAGGCUGCUUUCGAGAAGAUCAAGGGGCUUAUUGGAACCUUUGAUCUCGAUGUUGGCAGAGUGCUUGACGUCGCCCUCGAUGUUCACGCCACGUCUCUAGUCAAAGCCAGCAAGUUCUUCGUGAAGCUCCUGCGCGUCAGUUCAUGGUGGCCUCGGAGUAACACGCCUUUCGAUGCCAUCAUUCAGGGUGGCCUUCCCGACUGGGCUCUUCCUCUCCCCUCCGAACUGGAUGAGUCUGCUAUUGCCGAGGUGAGGCGCCAAAGGGACAUCGGAUUCUGGGAAAGAGCACGGGAAAAGCAGAUCCAGGCCUUUUUCGAACUCGGUGGCCGACGAGCGUCAGAGCAGGAUCUCGAGCGCGCUGCAGCCGAUACUGCUGGCGCCGCGACUGAAGGCGAGGCCCUGAGAUCGUGGAUCACGGCCACCCGCACGCUUCCCCCCCAAGGGAAUCGUGUCGCUGCACAACUUUUGGGCUUCAAACUUCGAUUUUAUGCGUCCGAUUUCAGGGAAGGGCAAGCUCUCCCUGCCAACCUGCUUUACUUGGCAGCUCUGCUCAUCAAGAUUGGCUUCAUUUCUCUGAUCGACCUCUACGCACAUCUCUUUCCUUACGACGAUGACAUGCAUUCCUUCCGAGACAAACGGAUCAAGCAACUCGAAGAAAAAGAACGCGAAAGCCGCGGCGAGGCUAGCAAGAAUGCUCUCCUAACCGCUGGUGCACUCUCUGACGACACCCUGCCCCCUCCAGUACGAUCCAGGGAUACGACCACCAGACCGAAAGCAGCCUCGAAACCUGACCAGGCGGAAGGCGCGGACAAGAAGGAAGAAGAUGAGCCCCAUGAGCAAAAGGGUGCCCUGGUCAUCAGCCUUCUGACCAUCGGGGCCAUCCCCGAAGCUCUCUUUCUGAUCGGCCGCUGGCCCUGGCUGCUACAAGGCUACGCCGACAUCACAAGCCGGGUGAACAGGAUCUUGGAGUAUUCCAUCGACAAACUCUACCAAGAAACCCGACCCACCACAACAUCCUCCAUGGCGUGCCCCCCGAAGAAGGUGGCCGAUUCAGACCAGAGCGGCGUCACGAAAGGUUCAGUCCGGCGAUCCGAAAUCCCCAUUCGAAAAUCUAUGCGAUGGCCAUGGCCAGAUGGCCGCCUCGGCGUCAGUGAUCAGCACUACAGGUUCUACUGGGACGAAUGGUCCGACAACGUUCCAGUCUGCCAAACAGUCGACGACGUAUUCACCCUUUCCUCGUCGCUUCUCAACAUUGCAGGCGUCAACAUUGGCAAAAGCGAGCAGCUCCUUGUCAUGUUGGCGAGCAUUGGACAGAAGAGCCUGGCAGAGGAUCAGUCGAAACACAACCUAGACCGGUGGCAGGACCUCCUCCGCCGUAUCCUGGUGCCUGCUCUGAGCACGUCAAAGGGUGCUCCCGCGACAGCCAACCUUGUCUGGUCUCUGCUGAAACAGUACCCUAUUGCUACUCGGUAUAGCAUCUACGCAGACUGGUUCGAGGGGGCCCCCAACCGCGGCUCGGAAGUACGUCGAGCCGCCAUGGUCAAGGCCUUUGCCGACACGAAGUCUAAGGCACAAGGUGUCAUGAAGCGUAUCUCUAAGGAUAAUGCCGUGGAGAUGGGAAGAGCCCUCGCAAAACUCACGCAUUCCUCCCCCGGCGUUGUUUUCAAGGUCGCACUCGAGCUAAUGAUGUCUUACGGCAAUCUGAGUGACGUCUUCGCAGAGUGUGUCCGCUUCUUCACCGACUUAACCAAGGACGUGAUGAUCUGGUCGCUGCUGUCUGCCCUCGGCAGCAAUCAGCGGAGUCGUACACAGGCAUCCUACAUCCUGUCCAUCAGCCCAUGGCUGCUUGAGCUGUCGAAGCUUACGGGCAAGCUCUUCAAGCGUUAUCGAGAGCUGGACGCGACACCCAUCCUUCGCUAUGUGCAUGACCAGCUGCUACAUGGUAACUCGACAGAUUUGAUCAUCCUCUCGGAGCUGGUUGAUGCAAUGGGCGGUAUCGUCAACACUGCCGAUAUCGGAUAUGACGAAGUCAUCGCCAUGUCCGGCAUGGCCUUGCUUCAGCGACGAACGUUGAUCAGCCUUCAAGAUCGUCGCUUUGAGCCAGCUGUCAUUGCGAGCGCGAAACGCCUGACGCAUGCCCUUGUUGACUCUCGCCUAGCUGGACGUCUGCUAGUUAACAUUGCCCAGUUCAGACAGUCUGCUACUUUCAGACUCUCGGACGACGGCGCGCACGUCAAAUACCUUUCGUCACUUAUGGACAACAGUCACCAGAUCUUGGUUCAGUAUCUUGAUCUCUUGCGCGCGAACCUUGAGCCUGCCGAAUUUGACCGACUCGUGCCCAGCAUCAGCCAACUCAUGGCGGAAUUCGGUCUCGACGCUAGCUUCGCCUUCUCCAUUGGCCGCGAGAGUCUUGCUGCUCACAUCUUCUCCAAACCAACAACCGCGCCAAAACAAAGUUCGCAAUCAGCGCCAGAUGCUGAAGGCGAUGUGUCCAUGGGCGAUGAUGCGAUAGCCACCGAGCCUGCCCCGGACACCACGAAACCCGAGACACCCGCUCCGGAAACGCCAGGGGAAGCUCAUGUUACCGCGGCCACUAGUUUUGAUGCACUGAAUCCCAUUGUCGAAUCCCUUCGCUCAACAACACCAGAAAGCGCCUGGCAAAAGAUCAGUAUUGAGUUCUUUGCCAUUUUCUGGGCCCUUCAGCUCGGUGAUCUUGGGGUUCCUUGGGCACCUUACCAUGCUCAGCAAGCUCGUCUGCAAGAACAGUACCGGCAAGUCACGAAAGAUCGCAAGCUUUUGCAAGCCCAGAAGAGUGCAAAACAAAAGGAACUGAAGGACACCAUGGAUACUUUCAUCAAGGAAAGCACCCAACAGUCCGAGAGAGUCGCCAAGGCAAAGGUCCUCAUCACCAAGCGUAUGGACACCUGGUUCAUGGGUGAGCCGCUUAAACCUAACGGUGUUUCUGAUGCCAUCCUCGAACAAUGUCUCCUUCCUCGAAUCAUUCUCUCCAAGAUCGAUUCCGAGUACUCUUUUGCCCUCAUCAAGUACAUCCAUGAACUCUCGUGCCCUAACUUCCGUCUCAUGGCACUGUACGACCGCCUCUUCAAGGCCAACAGGCUGCGCGGCAUGCUCUUCACUUGCACUGUACAGGAGGGCGUGUACCUCGGUCACUUCUUCCACCUCAUACUGCGCGAGCUCAACAAAUGGCACAAGUCCAGCGCCGACUACGAAAAGGAGGCCAUUGGCAAGAGCAAGAGGUCCGGUGGCUACCUUGGGUUUGCGACUGCAUUCGAUGAAGAAGGUCACCCGACAUCCCACCUCGACCACGCAGAGUUCCAGGACGUGCUGUAUGGGUGGCACAAAAACAUCAACUUGGCCCUCAAGGCCUGUCUUUCUGGCACCGAAUGGACUCACAUCCGCAACGCCAUCUCAUUCUUAACCGAGGCCCAUGAAGACUUCCCCGCGGUCACGUUCAUGGGCACCCAACUCCAGAGCCAGCUUAAGACUAUCGUUGCACGCGAAAAGAAUCUCAGAGGCGAUCUGUGGCUUACGGCACAGCGCGUCCUGGGCAACAUGGCUAAGAUGGAAAAGACUUGGAUUGCACCGCAAGCCUUCCGGACAAACUUGUCCACGCAAAGCGCUGCUCAAGGCAAUGAGGACGAGCAAGCAUCCAGCUCAGGCGGUAGUCUCCGAGCCACUGCACCAGAGUUUCGACCCUCACCCCAGAACGAGGACGGCGAAGUGCAGGAUGGGAAAGCUUCUUUUCCGCAGCGUUCGACAUCGACUCGAAGGGAAGCCAAAGACAGCCGAGAUGCCCGCGAAUCCCGAGACCAACGCGACACCAGAGACUCCAAGGAGCCCAAGGGUGGAGACGUUUCUCGACAAGAAAGUAGCCGUGAGAACUCAAGACCUGAGCGCCGCGGCCCAGAUUUAUCUUCGAGAGAUAGUGGUCGGCUGUCCGAAGGCGAUCGACCUCCUCGCCGCGACCAUCUUCAAAGCGGUCGAGAAGCCGAAACGUCGAAGGAGAGGUUGCCGCAGAGCACCAACCAAGGCCCUGACGUCGACAGGUCCGGUCGUGAGGCUGGGACACCCGUGGGUGGCUCUACGGCAGCAAUCGAGCCGCCCAUCAAUCCUGCGCGUGCAGCCUUGUUUCAGAACGACACCCCCUCCCGUACCGAGCGACCUGAUCGUGAACGAUCUCGAGCGCGGGACGGUGAACAAAGAGGAGCGCAGCGUCAUCAAGGGCCGGAAGGGCCGGAGCAUGACCGUUCAGAAAUCAUGAACCUUGAGCGACCCGUUCUGUUCGGCGAUGGGCGACAGGAGCCAUUGCCCCGACAACCGCGCGACGAUCCUCGUGAACGAGAUCGUGCACCGCGAAAAGACUCACCUGCACGAGGUGGCCGUGUCCACCCCGACCGACUUUCCUCAGAUCCCUUCAGAGACGCGGUCCGGGAGGAGCAGUUCGGCCGCCCUACUCAUCCUACAGAUGCCCGGAACCCUAGGAACCCACGGGACUCCAGAGACCCCAGAGACCCCAGGGAUCACAGAACAGACGAUCCCAGAGCUUCGUUCCAAAGAGGCCCUGAGAGGGACAGUGCAUUUAGUGGCUUAGACAGCAACACCACGCGGGAAGCCUUCCUUUCCAGGGCCGAACGCGACAACGGGCGGCCCAAGCAAGACGACCAAUAUGGACGCCUCAACAGCAACUAUCCGAUUGCCUCAGUCGUUGAUGCCCCUUCAGGCCCUAGAGGGCGAGGCGCACGACCGAACCCGAGGAACAACUUCAACACACCGCCUCCACCACCGCCCCGCGGUGAUAGCCGCCUUCCUCGUACCGGUAGCCCCGGCGCCUCCACUGCUGAUGAUCGACACCCUCCGGCGGGACCGUCGUCAGGCCGAGGACAUCGCGGUCAGAAUGCCUCGGGUUCUACACCCAACUCGAACGCGGUGACACCGUCAGAGCGAUCAUGGCAGGGGCCUGUCGACACUCCGGUCUCCGCAUCUCGGCCCUCGGACAGUGCCACAGCUGCUCCCGGCGUGCAUCCUGAUCGUUUGGCACAGAUGGGUCCACCGCCACCUGUGUCCGUUGGGGACGCUCAUUCACGUCAACCCACAAGCACCCCAGACCGGCCGCUGCCUUCGGGUCAAGGAUCCCAUCAUAUCCCUUCUGGGAACUUCAACGGGCCGACCCCUGACUUUGCAACUCCCACCGGGCCCGCCUCAGGAGGUGGCCGAAAGCAGGGUGGCAGAAGACAGCUUGAGGGUAUCAACAGCACACUGCAACAGGCCCAAGGCAGACCUGAUCCUGUCAAGGGCACGGCCAUCCGAGGCAGGAGCAGUCGGACUAAUCUGGCCAACUCGGAUGCUCAGAUUCUGACGGGAGGGUCGCCGGUGUCGGCGCCAGCCCACGAAGAGCACCAGGAUCCUCUUCAGUCGUCUGACAAGAGGCCCUAUGAGGGCGACGAUCAUGGCCGGGGCGAGCACGAGCGCGGUCGUAGGGAGCGCGAUCGCUCUGAACGAUCUGGUCGACCAUCUAGGAGAAGCAGCAGAGAGCGUCAGCGUAGCCCUGGAGGCCACGAGCGGGAGGGUAAGGACAGUCGCUCACACCGGGACCGACGUUCGGGCGCUGCAGGCCAUGGCUCGUCCUCUCGAGACGAGCAUGAGCCCAGACGUUCUACGCGUGAUCCGAGUGGCGGCCACCCCCGGGAGUCGCAGACAGGCGCGCUGCCUCCGAACAAUAGGGACGGCGCCCCCCGCGAUUCUCGUCAUCGAGGCGAUCGGGGUGAUAUGGGACCAGGAGGUCUCGUGGCGGAGGAGUGGAACGGGAGUGCCUCAAGGCACCAACGGAGCGGGCAGAGAGACUCUGUGCUCAGACCGCCGGACGAUCGUCGCGACCCGCGGGACAACAGCAGGAAACGGAGGAGUGAGGACGCGAACGGGUUCUCAGUGGAAAAGAGGCAGAGGCGUUAG